GAAAAUGCAAUCACAUAAAAAUAUUUCCGAAGGAGAAUGGUGGCGUCCAAGUGUUUUACCGCCAGAUGGUUAUCGAUCCAAGACAAAUGAACCAGACAACAAUACAUCUUUUUAUCCGUUUAGUACUGAAUUAGGUUACAGAGUGUUUAAACGAUUAGUUGAAAUGAAACGAACAAAUGUAUUGGGACUGCAAGAUCAUCGUCAAGAGGAUGAUUGUCACAUAGAGAUAGUUCAACAAAUGGAUCAUGAAGGUAAUAACUUCUAUGUGAAAGGUUCGUGUUCACAAAAUCCUAUGCCAAUUGAGAAUUGUGCAGCAGAGAAUCUGUUGAAAUGCAGUCAACACGAUGAUAAAUUUACGUCAUCAAACUGUCAGUUGAAUUCAGUCUCCAAAGAACUGAUGUCAGAGUUUCAGUUAAAUUUAAAAUGUGACAUUGACUUAGAUGACUUAUAGUAGUUCAUAUAUUUGUUGUGUAUCUUCGAAUAAACAAUAAUAUGAUCGUGUUUAUUAUUCGUUUCAUUAUGAUAUUAUAAAAAGUUCCCCUUUAUAUCUUAUAAACAUAAAUAAUUAUUUCAAGUAA